AUGAAUAGAAGAGGGUACAAGUUCUUAGUCGAAGCCACCAUAUUGAAUGUUUAAUUAUUAGUACAUUUUCCUUGCAAGGUUCAGGUUGUCAUUAAAAAAGGUUCUUAGAAGUUUGAAACCCAGCAGAUCUAUGAAUUACAGUAAGGUGUGGCUGUAAUCAAUGAAAAUCUGCAAUUUAAUAUAAAUGCUACUCUAACACAAGAUGGAAACAUAGAAGAAAAUAAAGCCUAAUUAGUUGUUAUAUUAGUGACUGAAAAAGGACAGAAAAGCGCUGGUUUUUAUAACCUUGAAUUCUCCCAAUAUUUGAAUUCAUAAAACCUAGAAUUUUAAGAAACAUUAGCGUUAGACAAGUGUCCAGAUAAAAAAGCAAAAUUAUUGGUUAACUUUAAGAUAACUAGAAUGGCUGAGCUUGAGAAUGACGUUGAAAUUAAUGAUUAAUCUUUAGAUUUAUCAUAAGUUUCUGUUAUCACUUCCGGUCAAGAAUCAUUUACUAUUUAAAACUUAUAAAAGUCCCCAGACUAGGUUUUAUUAACAGAAAAAAAAUUAGAUGAAUCUGGAAUAAAAUAAAAGACACCAGAAAUCGAAAAUUAGUUAUUAAUCAAUAAAGAUGUCAAAAUUAAUGAAUAAAAUAAAUAUAUUUAACAACUUGAGAGUAAAAUUAAUGAUAUGGUUGAACAAGAAAUCCAUUAGAACAUGAUAAAUAAAUAUGAAUAAUAAUUAAAGGAUUAAGAUAAGAGGAUUUAAUCAAUUAAUGAUGAUAAUACAUAAAUUAAUUUAUAAUUGCAAGCAUAACGACUUACAAUUGAAAGGUAAAAUGAAGAGCUGACUAAACUUAAAUAAAUUCAGCAAGUCAAUUCUUAAUCAAAGUCAAUUAACAGACAAUAAUCACAGCAGAGUGACGAAUAAGUGAUUUAACCAGAUUUAUAAAAAAUAAACUCAGAAAAAGAGGAAUUAAAAUAAUUGAAUGAGUCUUUGGUUCAAAAAAUAGAACAAAUUAAUCAAGAAAUUGAAGCCUUGCGACUUUAAGUCAAAGACAAAAAUGAAUAAAUUCAGAAUAUGAAAAACUUAACAUCCGGAACAAUUUCUGCCUUGUAAUAGCGAAAUUUAUUAUUGGAGAAAGAUUUAGCUCAAUAAAAGGAUAUCAAUUAAAAAUAUGUAGAUUAAUAGCCAAUCAAUGCUAUUUAAAAUGAUAAAUUAAUUGAAGAAUUAUAAUCAACUUUAAAGCUUAAAUAAUAAGAGUUAGACAAUUUACAAUAAAAAUAUGAGUCAGAAUUGGCCAAAAAGGAUGAGAUAGUCCAAAGUUUACAAUAGAAGAUGGAUGAAUCCUUUAGGAAGGAUGCUGAAUCUAAUAGAUUAAGCCAUGAAUCAAAGACUCAAAUUAUUUCCUCCGAGAAAUAGAUAGAUGAAAUAAAUGUUAGAUCUAAAUCAGAAUAAUAAAUAAAUAGAUUGAAAAACCAAAUUUAAAUAUGGUAAUCCAAAUAUGAGAGUAAUCAAAAAGCCCUAAGUGAUUACAAUAGCGAAAUCUAAUACUUAUAGAGAUCAGUUGAGGAUGUGCCAAACUUCUUAGAGGAUCAAAAGGAACUUGUUGAGCCUCUCUUAUUGUUAAGAAGAGCCAUUCAAAGAAAACUGCAGAAUUAUAAUCUUACUCAAUAACACUUUGAGUCAAGAGUUUAAUAAUUAGAAUAAGAAUUAGAAGUUUCCUAAUAUAAAUUGAAAUUGGAACAAAGUUAAUAAUCCUCUGAUCCCCAAUUUCAAUCGCAAACUUACACCAAAAACGAUGAAUUUGCUAAACUUAAAGAAACUAUAGAACAAAAAAAUGAGUAAUUGAGAAUUCUACAAUUACAAAUAGAUCAAUAAAAAUAAUAGGAAUCUGAAACUUUAAAGUCAUCUGAAGAGGCUAAAGCCCAACUUGCUAGUAUGAGAACGAACUUUGCAAAAUGUAAACAGUAAUUAGCAGAGUCUAUGUAGGAAAAGGUUUUCUUAUAAGCCAAGUUAGCUGAGUAAACAAAAGCCUUAAAAGAAAAAAAUCAAGAAAUUCAAAAGGAGCAGGAUCUUAUUUCUGAGCUUGAACAAUAUAAUAUCUAAAUGGAAGAAGCACUAUCACAAACUCUUGAUUAGUAUAAGUUAUAAAACACAUAAAUGAAAUAAGCUUAUGAGAAAGAAAAAAAACUCAGAUCUGAACUUCAAGUGUAACUUAAAACUUUGAAGGAGGAAUACGCAAAAGCUUCCAAAGGUGAGUUGCCUAAAGCUAAAGAUGCUGAAGAAAAACAAUAAUAAUAAUAAUGUAAUUGUAAAGAAAAGAUUUAAACAUAUGAGCAAAAAAUAGCAGAAUUAGAAUUUUAAUUAUCAGAUCUAUAAUUAUAGAGAUUGGAUAAAGCAAUUUAAAGAAACAGUAUUGCUUAAAUCAGGACCAGUUUACUAGUAAGUCAUAGAGAAUCUUUGGCUUUCUAAUAAAUGGAGGAUUUAAAUACCAAUAGUAAUAAAGGGAAUGAAACCACUAAAACUAAAGAGUUAGAAGAUUAAAAUGUUAAUUUAACAGAUGAGCGAUUCAAAAUAUCAAAAGAGUAUCAGACAAUUUUGGAAAGGGCUUUGUAAACCAACACCCAAAUAGAGAAUAAAUAUAAAAAUUAAGUAAAGGAGCUAGAAGAUAAGAUUGAAAUAUAGGCGUAAUCGUUAGUCAAAAUGAAAUUAGACAUGGCUGACCUGUAUAGUGCAGCUAUUGAUAUUGGUGGUGCUAUGUUGGUGGAUAAGUUGCAGAUUGCCCUAGGGAUCAGAGAAUGA